CAAUGGAACCUAACACAAAAUACCAUUGGAAUAUCAGCAAUGCACAUGCAACUACUCCAUAACGAUCGAGUUAUCAUCUUCGAUCGCACCGAUUUCGGCAUUUCAAAUCUCCGGUUACCCGCCGGCAAAUGCCGAACAAACGAUCAAGCCAUCAAGCUUGAUUGUACUGCUCAUUCAGCCGAAUACAAUGUUCUCACUAAUACAAUACGUCCACUUAUGGUUCAAACUAAUGUGUUUUGCUCAUCUGGUGUAGUUUCAUGGAAUGGUCGUCUCAUCCAAACCGGUGGAUUCAAAGAAGGUGAACGUGCCGUUAGGAUUUUCAGGCCAUGUCAAAGAUGUGAUUGGGAAGAAAUUCCAUUAGCACUUAAUGUAAGAAGAUGGUAUGCUACUACUCAAUUAUUACCGGACGGCAGAAUCAUCGUUAUCGGUGGUCGCCGGCAAUUCAAUUAUGAGUUUUACCCUAAAUCUAAUUCUACCAACUAUGUUUUUGCUUUACCAUUUCUUUCUCAAACUAAUGACCUAAUUUCAGAAAACAAUCUCUACCCUUUUGUUCACUUAAAUGUGGAUGGAAACCUAUUUAUUUUCGCGAAUAAUCGAUCAAUCUUGUUUGAUUAUACCAAAAACAUUAUUGUAAAAACAUUUCCAGAGAUCCCUGAAGGAGAUCCUCGAUCUUACCCUAGUACAGGCUCAUCUGUUCUUCUCCCACUCUACUUGGAAAACUCAUCUCUUGAAGCUGAGAUCCUCAUCUGUGGUGGAGCUCCAAGAGGGUCAUUUGAGAAAGCAAAUAAUAGAACAAAGAUAUUCAUUGGAGCCCUAAAUACAUGUGGGAGGAUUCGAAUUACUGACCCGAAUCCAAUAUGGUCAAUGGAGACAAUGCCUCUAGCAAGAGUAAUGGGUGACAUGACUUUACUACCAAACGGUCAGGUCUUGAUUAUUAAUGGUGCCGGAACAGGGACUGCUGGGUGGGAGAAUGCUGAUGACCCAGUUUUCAACCCGGUUCUAUAUCGACCCGAUAAUCCACCCGGGUUUCGGUUCCAAAUCCAAAACCCAUCUACCAUUCCACGUCUCUACCAUUCCACAGCAAUAUUAAUUCGUGAUGGUCGAGUUCUUGUGGGAGGAAGCAAUCCUCAUGUCAAUUAUGUCUUUACUAACGUACGUUAUCCAACUGAGUUAAGCUUGGAAGCAUUCUCACCGGAAUAUCUCGGACCGGAGUUUUUGAAUGUACGGCCAACCAUUAUCUCUCCGGUGUCACAAACUAAGUUAUUAUAUGGACAAGAACUGAUAAUGAGGUUCACAAUGCAGACUAUGGAGAUCAUUGAGAAGAAUAUAUGGGUAACAAUGGUGGCUCCUUCAUUUACAACACAUGCUUUCUCUAUGAAUCAAAGGUUGUUAGUGUUGGGUGGUGGAAAUGUUAAAUUUCAAGGGCCAUUGAUGGUAGAUGGUGGAGAUGAUCAGAAAUUGAUCAAUUGGGUGUACGAUGUUACAGUAAAUACGCCGGCUUCGACAAUUCUUGCGCCUCCGGGAUAUUAUCUUUUGUUUGUGGUUCAUGAUGAUAUACCCAGUGAGGGGAUUUGGAUUCAAAUCCAACAACACAGUUCUCAUUUUGUUUGA